AUGCACAUCCUUAACUCGCAGGUUGAUAGAAGCCACCAUGCAUCUCGCAUCAGAAAGCUCACAGCGGACAUCGCCAUCCGCAUCUUCAAGGAGCGAUCCUCAGAUAAUGAGAGCAAGUACAUCGAGAGCAAGGUGGUCGCCAAGUGCUUCGGCGUGAGCUCCAAGACGGUACGGGACAUUUGGGACAGGAAGUCCUGGUCAAGGUAUACCCGGCUCAUUGAAACGACGCAACAUGCAGCAGCUGACUACAGGAAAGAGAGCAAAAACAAGAGCUUAGCAGCAGAUACAAACGCAACUUCCGAUAACCCGAGUCAUCUAGUAAGCUCACAUUGUUACGACUCUGAGAAAACGAUGACAACAAGUGGGUGGGGAGAGGAGGAGGAGGAAGUGGCUGGACAGAGGGCUACUCCGCACUGGGCAGAGCUUGAGGAGGCUCCGGAGGACGUGAGCGAUUGGUGUGUCGACCCAAGGGAGAAGUGUGAGCACGACUAG